AUGGAAUGGGAUGCAUCAGACAAAUGUUCGACGUACGGGCUGUGCGAUCAAGUUUGUUUUGGCACACAAAAUUCGUAUUCGUGCUUCUGCGUGUGGGGCUACCGAAGAGACCGCGCCAACGAAGUGUGCCGCGCAGCAAAUCUGUUCGGCCCCUUACAGCUGCUCUACGUUGGUGACGAUGAAAUCAUAAUGACGGCUGGUGCUGGCGAGAGUGAAGCGAGGGUCGUUGCAAAAGGCAACUCUGUAGGAGGCCUGGAUUACCUUUUUGCGGAAGACAAGAUCAUUUGGACGGGCCGUGACAUGAGAGAGGUGUACGCUGAGAGCCUACGAGUUCACCCUAACACAACCAGAGACGUUAUACUAACCUUGCCGGCCUACGUAUCACCAGUUGCCAUCGCCGUAGACUGGGUCAACUUCAAGCUCUUCGUCGUCGACAAACCUGGUUUGAAAAUUGACUUGUUCGAUCUAAGAGAUCAGAAACGUACCAUUUUGCUUUGGCGGAAAAUCAAAAGUCCGCUGGAUAUUGCCUUGGAUCCUAUGAAAAGGUUCCUGUUUGUGGCCGCUGGCAACGCCGUCGUUCGUGCUGACAUGGACGGUCAAAACGCAGUAGAGAUCGCGAGCAACUCGCCCGCGGCCCCCGUCUCAGGUGUCACCGUGGACCUCAUCCUACGACGCGUCUUCUGGAGCUCUGCGGCGCGUGGCACCAUCGAAUCCGUGGCCUACGAUGGAUCACAAAGAAUAUUAAUUUUUAAAGGUGAAAAAGUCUCAUUUGCGCCUACCUACUCGGCGAUGUUCGAGAGGCGGAUAUUCUGGACGGAUGCGUCGAGGAAAGCUAUUUUGAGCACCGACAGGUUCAGCGGGAACGGCUCAGUGGAACAAGUGGGUCAGUGGGACCCAGAAGGUGAUCCCCCUCAGCAUCUUCACUGCGUCCACCCCCUUCUGCAGCCUGAGGCUAUCAAUCCUUGUCGCCAUGGCAACGGCGGUUGUGAACAUCUAUGCUUGUUGUCUCGGGAGGACGCCGGCUACCGCUGUGCCUGUGACGUCACCUUCGUUUUGGCGGCUGACAACAGGUCCUGCAAUUGCGAGCAGGUUCAGUUGUCAACAUCGGGGCGCACUGUGGAGACGCUGGCGCUGGACUGGGUGGCCCAGAAUCUGUAUUUCGCUGACUCCUUGCUGGAUGAAAUCUGCGUGACUAAAACGUCACUGCAGACCGACAUUAAAACGCUGUUCAGAAACCUAUCCAACCCUCGAGGCAUCGCUUUGCAUCCGAAUAAAGGGUUCUUUUACUUUACCGAGUGGGGAGGUCGCCCAGGCAUCAGCCGAGCCAACCUGGACGGAACAGAGUUGAUGGCCCUGCCGGGUCCGCUGCUGCAAUGGCCCAACGCUGUGGCCGUAGACCUGACCAACGACCUGGUCUACUGGUGCGACGCCAGGCUCGACAUCAUCCAAUAUGCAAACCUGGACGGAUCCAACGUUCGCACUAUCAGAAAUGGUGUCUUGAAGCAUACUUUUGCUCUUUCAGUUUAUGGAGAUUGGCUGUACGCAAGUGACUGGACAACUCGGAGCAUUUUUCGUUUGGAAAUAAAAAAUGAGAGCGUGGUGAGCGUCUCAAGUUUAGAAUCUAUAAAAUUUGGAAGACACUUUGGGGUAAAAGUUCACAGUCGCAAAGUUCAACCUAUUGAUGAUAUGAACCCAUGUCGUUAUGGUCACCAUAGUUGCGAAAAGUUCUGCUUCACUGUUCCUGACGUCACCUUUGGAAGAGUUCGGGCGCAAUGCGGAUGCUCAGAUUACGAAAGAUUACAUUUAAUUUCGGGAACUUGUGUUAAGCUCCCGCCCAACGAAUUAAAAUGUUCACCACUGGAAUUCACCUGCCAUAACAAAUUUUGUAUUCCAAUGGAUUCUCUGUGCGACGGUAAAGAAGAUUGUUCCGAUGGUAGUGAUGAAAGAGAAAUAACUUGUAAAGCAAGGACUUGCAAAGCUGAUGAAUUCAAAUGUGAUGAGGGCGCUUGUAUCUCGAUAACCAAAGUGUGUGAUGGCAAAGCGGACUGUCAAAGUGUCAGCGAUGAGAGGCAGAACUGUCAAGCCCGAGUUCAAUGCCUCCCAACGCAAUUUCUAUGUGACGACAACUCUUGCUUGCCACGGACAAAAGUGUGUGAUGGUAACCGCGACUGUCUCGACGGAACAGACGAACGCCAAAACUGUCAAGAAAAAUCGUGUUCGACGAAAGAGUUCAGAUGCGAUGACGGCCAAUGUAUCCCAACGCAGUGGGUUUGUGACCGAGACGAAGACUGCGUUCGUGGCACCGAUGAACGCGGGUGUCCCAUACCGACCACCUCUUGAUAGUCAGCAACGAGAGAAAGAAGCAACAAAGCUGUUUCAACAAUUUAUAUAGAUUAAUAGCAACAUAUUAGAGGAAUUCUCACUAGAGCUACUUUCAAUUUGGAUCCAUUUUUAAUUAUAUAGAAACAAAUGCAUCAUUAAAUUUUUCUUAGGAUACAUGGAGCUUAUUUAUUUAGCCUUCGCUACAGUCAAUGACAACAAAAAAUAAGGUCCAUAAAUAUAGUGAAUUUACUUUUGUGAAAUAUAUUUUUAUGUUUAUUCUGAAUUGAUCUUUACGUUGACUAGAAGGCUCAUGGAUAAAAUGUAAAUGAUAGGGCUAUUUUAGAAGAAAAACAUUGAAUACGAGAUCAGUAUGGCAGGAUUAACAAAUAAAUAACGCAAAAAUUGUAAUUCAGA